AUGGCAUCAUGGAUAGAUACAGUAAACAGAUUUCUUUCACAGCUCAGUUUAAUCCUCGGCAUGAGACUCCCUUUCGUCUUUGGCAUGAAACUCUGGGUGUUUGCUAUGAUUGGCAUCAUCGUCUUUCUUAUUCUCUUAACCUGCUGCUGUAUUGGUUGCAGAAAAUCUCCAAGAUACAGAGCUGUUUCAUAUCCUAAAAACCAAACCCUGCAAAAGAAAGUAAAUUCUUUACCUUAUGUUCCUCAAGUACACAUUGAUAUAGAUAAAACAGAGAAUCCAUUAUCAAAGUUUUCUCAGCCGUUGGAAAUUUCUCCUUUGGGUUGGAGGCUACAUCAGUUUACUUCCGGAGAAAUUAGUGCUGCGACUGAUAUCUUUUCUAAUGAUAAUAUGAUCGAAGAAGGUCGGCAUGGAGUUGUUUACCGAGGUGUUUUGCGUGAUGGUACAUGGGUAGCUGUGAAACGGUUCAACCAUGGCAAUGCCAAAGAAUUUAUAGCUGAGGUCCAAGCACUUAGGCGUGUCAGGCACAAAAAUUGCAUCACAUUGCUUGGAUACUGUUUGGAUGGGACUUCCAAGAUGCUUGUUUAUGAGUAUGUGAACAAUGGUAAUCUCCAUCAGUGGCUUCAUAUGGGUGUAAUGCAAUACAGCCCUCUAACAUGGGACAUGCGCCUGGAUAUUAUGAUUGGAAUUGCGAAAGCAUUGAGCAACAUCCAUGAAGGUCUUGAGCAUAAAAUCAUUCAUCGCGAUAUCAAGUCAUGCAAUAUAUUACUUGACAACCACUGGAAUCCUAAGGUUGCUGAUUUUGGAGUUUCCAGGAUUUUAGAUUCUUACAUUAGCCAAGUGGAAACUCGUGUAAUUGGAACAUAUGGGUAUGUCGCACCAGAAUAUGCUUGCACUGGUAUCUUGAAUGACAGGAGUGAUGUUUACAGCUUUGGUGUGCUUGUUAUGGAGAUAGUUAGCGGGAGGUCACCUUCCAGUUUCAGUGAAUCCUCUGAAGAGACGAGCUUGGUGGAUUGGUUUAAGAAGCUGAUUGAGACACAAAGAUUCAAUGAAACAGGAGAUCCUAAAAUGCCUUAUCAACCUUGUUCAAAGGCGCUCAAAAAUGUUCUACUAGUUGCUCUUCGAUGCGUUGAUCCAGAUGCAAAACAAAGGCCUAAAAUGAGCCAAAUUGUGCACAUGCUCGAGAAUACAGAUCGCUUGCGUUACCAUGAGAAACAUAAGACGACGCAAGAGGCGUAA